AUGGCGGCGCCGAAGGUGAAGCAGGACAUGGCCCCGCCGGGCGGGUACGGGCCCGUCGACUACAAGCGGCACCUCCCGCGCCGCGGCCUCUCAGGUUACAGCCUCUUCGCGCUCGGCAUCGGCAGCCUCCUGCUGGGCUACUACACCCUCGUCAAGUGGAACCGGGAGCGCAGGCGGCUGCUCAUCGAGGACCUGGAGGCGCGGAUCGCCCUGAUGCCGCUGCUGCAGGCAGAGUCGGACCGCAGAACCCUCCGCCUGCUGCGGCAGAACCUGGACGAGGAGGCCAAAAUCAUGAAGGAUGUUCCUGGCUGGAAGGUCGGCGAGUCCCUGUUCCACACCGACCGCUGGGUCCCCCCGACGCUGGACGAGCUCUACUACCUGCGCCCCACCAGCGAGAUGGACAACGAGAAGUUCGGGCUGCAGUACUACGUCUGAGGCACGGCACGGCACGGCCCGGUGCUUCCCGGGCUGCCGGCUUCCCCCAGUGCUGCCUGGGGGGGCAGCGGUGGCUGCCAGAUGCCGCCUGUUCCGGCCUCUGUUAUUAAAACCACACGGAUCCGUGGUGUCGGA